CUCUGUCGAGUUGCGUCGAGCCGAGCGGAUGUGUCGCUCUUGCACGUGAAUAAAGACGAUACAUGCCUGCUACGUGUGUUUUCAUUAAUUAAAACUCGUGUGACAAUGCAACUGUUACGAUAAAUAGUGUUAAUUUUAUUUCCAAAGAUAAAUAAUGGUAUGUUUUUUUAAGUGCUAAAGUGUAAUGUGAUGAUGUUUUGCGUGGAGUGGUGUUCGGGUGUGGGGUGACAAUGCGCGAGGGUGUGUUAGUGCUGGUGGUGCUGGCGGCGGCCUGGGGCUGCCCCGAGCCGCUGCCGCAGGGCUGCGCGUGCACAGACGGCGGUACUAGGCUCACUUGCCGGUCAGCUGAUCUGCAACACUUGCCACCAUUGAAUGAUCGGCUACUUGUGCUGGAUGUGUCGCACAACAACAUCAGCUCGUUGCCGCCAGACGCGCUGCUCCUCGCCACUGGGCUUCGUGACUUGAACUUAUCAGCCAACCGUUUGGAGCGCGUAGCUGCGGGCGCGCUAGACGGUGCGGCGUUGGCCAGGCUGUGGCUCGACCGCUGCAUGCUGGCCCAGCUUCCCGCCGCGCAUCUACCACGGCUGCAUUAUUUGUCAGCAGAAGAAAACUUAAUAACAGACAUAGAAGCAAACGUGUUGAAAGACAUAAAAAGCUUGCGCGUGCUUCGUCUGGCUCGCAACCGACUCACUGCCAUUCCACCCGCCCUGGCUCAUACUAAUAGACUACAGGCGCUGAACCUAGCGAGCAACUUGAUAGCAGAGUUGACGGACACAUCGCUUCCUUCGCUCCCACUACUGCAUACGCUGGUCCUGAAACGCAACCGCAUCACGUACAUCGACCAGAACGCUUUUGUUAACACGCCGGCGCUGCGGGUGCUGCGUCUUGAAGAUAACAUGUUAAGUGAACUGCCGCCUGCUAUCUCGCUCUUGCCAAUGUUGGAAGAUUUGUCCCUAGCAAACAACAGAAUAGAACGCGUGUCCCCUGGCCUGCAAGCCUGCUCCCGACUCAUCAGGCUGGAGCUGCGGGGCAACCCUUUAUCCCAGCUUCAUCAUCAGGCGCUGGAGCACCUUCCUCGCUUGACUACCUUGAUACUAUCAGAAGCCCGCGGUCUGCCCAGCGUGCCGUCUCUCAACGGAACCUCUCGCCUCCGGACCUUGCGGCUGGACCGCGCCCGCCUCACUAGACUGCCCACUCAUUUGUGCUCAUACACACCUCAGCUUCGUGCUUUGGACGUGAGAUCUAACCAGUUAGACGAUGUACCUGACCUGCGUGAGUGCUCCGAGCUACGGGUUUUGGAUUUAUCAGACAACAACAUAGAUUCUAUAGGUGAUGGAGCACUCCAUGGGCUCCGGCGUAUACAUGACCUGCUGCUGGCCAGGAACAGGAUUAAGAGGAUACCUUCUGAUGCCUUCCUGCAUACCACACGCCUGCAAUUAUUAGACCUCGAGUCGAACCAAAUCGAGCACAUCGAUAUGGAAGCUUUCGUCCCAAUUUCUAAAUUAGAAGACUUAAACGUUGGCAACAACAUGUUCCCCUCUCUCCCCGCGAGCGGGCUCCAACGCCUGCUGCACCUGAAGGCGCACAACAACCCGCACCUGCGCCGCUUCCACCCCCCGGAGCUCUUCCCCAGGAUACAAACUCUAGUCCUAUCCUACGCAUACCACUGCUGCGAGUUCCUGCCCCUCAUGGAGGAAGUGAAUGAGGAGUGGUCUGAACAUGAAGGCUUCAGUGACCUGGUGCUGAUCCCACCAGCUCAUGUAGACUUGGCUGCGUGGGCCAAUGCUACGGAUAUAUGGCCGCAUUAUUUGAAUGCGACGGGUACUGGCGCGCGACUAGCGGGCGCUUGGACCGAACGCGCUUCACCGCGAACCGUGCGAUGUGUACCACUUCCCGGUCCAUUCCUCCCGUGCGUGGACCUGUUCGACUGGUGGACACUCCGCUGCGGCGUGUGGGCGGUGUUCCUGCUGGCGCUGCUCGGCAACGGCACCGUGGUGUUCGUGCUGCUGUUCAGCCGCAGCCGUAUCGAUGUGCCGCGGUUCCUUGUUACUAACCUCGCCGCUGCUGACUUCUUCAUGGGGAUUUAUCUGGGUUUCCUGGCGGUGGUGGACGCGGGCACGCUGGGCGAGUUCCGCGCGCACGCCAUCGCGUGGCAGGCGUCGGGCGCGUGCCGCCUGGCCGGCUUCCUCGGCGUGCUGUCCUCCGAGCUGUCCGUGUUCACGCUGGCCGUCAUCACGCUCGAGCGCAACUACGCCAUCACGCACGCCAUGCACCUCAACAAGCGGCUGUCGCUGCGCCACGCGGCCGCCGUCAUGGCCGCGGGCUGGGCCUUCGCCCUCGCCGCUGCUGCGCUGCCUUUGCUGGGUGUAUCCGACUAUCGCAAAUUCGCCGUGUGCCUGCCCUUCGAGACGGGUUCCCCAGCCGCGCUCGGCUACGUGGUGGCGCUACUGCUCGUCAACGGGUUCGCCUUCCUCGUAUUGCUCGGCUGCUACCUCAAGAUGUACUGCGCCAUCCGCGGCUCGCAAGCUUGGAAUUCGAAUGAUUCGCGCAUCGCCAAGCGCAUGGCACUGCUGGUGUUCACGGACUUUCUUUGCUGGUCACCGAUCGCUUUCUUUGCCCUGACCGCCGCGUUUGGAGCACAACUAGUCUCGCUUGAGGAGGCUAAAGUUUUCACGGUGUUUGUCCUGCCAUUAAACUCUUGCUGCAACCCCUUUCUCUAUGCAAUAUUAACGAAACAGUUCAAAAAGGACUGCGCGCUAGUGUGCAAAGCGAUCGAGGAGUCUCGAGUGACGCGCGGCAUCGGGCGCUGCCGGCACUCGUCCAACUUCAGCAACCGGCAGACGCCCGCCAACACCAACAGCCUGGCGGAGCGGUCGUCGCGCGGGCAGCACGGCGCCGCGUGCGCCUGCCGCCGCCUGCUGCCCGGCGCCGUGCCCGACGUCGGGCCGCGGCCCGCCAGCGCCGCCACCACACCGGCCAGUGGCGAGCGUUUACUGCGCUGGUUACGAGCAUGCGGCCGGCGUGGCACAGCAGCGAUACCCCCCGCCCCGCGCGUGCCCCCCGCGCCCCCCGCCCGCGCCGGCUCUGUGUCCUCCUCCGUGGAGUUCUCCUCCUCCCGCUCGGACUCGUGGCGCACGUACGGCCGCCCGCCACCACCACCACGCCGCGCUGCUUCGUGGCUCGUAGCACGAAAAACCUCGCAGGACUCCAACUUAUCAUCCUCACGCAAUGAUUCCUCAGGUUCCAACGCGACCGCGUCCACUGGGACCUGGCGUACUUCCCGGUCUGGUGGUAGUGCAGCGACCACUGGGGCAGGUUCGUCACGACCAAGGUUAACACGUCAGCCAGCGAUAGUGGCUGAUGAGCCCCCAGCCUCCCCUGGCGCGUUGCCGGCGCCGCGAAUGUUACACACCAUCCCUUCAGCUGCAGAAACCGAACUACAGCCAGAGGAUACUGACCCCCGUUGAAACAAUAAAACAAUCAAACUGAACUAUAAACUUGCUCAAAACAGAGUAUUAUCAAAUCAUAGACUAUUCAAAUUAACUUCUUAUAGAUGAAUUCCAGUCACCCGAUCAAGACUUCUCUCGAAGCUAUUUAAAAUUCCCUCAUCAUCAUUAAUGUUGAGGUGAUCAUUUACGCCUAUUCUAAUAGAGACGAUAUGACAAUCAUUUUUAAGGAAAUUUACUAAAAAAAUAUUAGGCGUAAGCCGCUCUUGCUCUCGGCUCUCCUAUUUGAAUAAAAAACAGUGUCUUACGCAACCGUCCAUUAGCGCCGACCGCCGUGACUCAAAUGAGCCUCUUCAGAACAUUUUAGCGACUACCCACAUUUCCCUCGCUGAACUCCCACUAGAUGACCGAGAAGACAAAUAAAUAAUUAUAUUUUGUACAGUAUUAUUAAAAUAAUGAUACUAACGUAAGAGCGUAAUUUUAAAGAUACGAUAUAUUUAUUUAGAAAAAUUUAUCGAUAAGUAGAUUUCCGUUGUUCGAUGUAUACCUAGCUACGUUAAGAUGUGAAGUGAAUGAAGUGAUAUUAUUUGUAAAUUUUGAUGUGAAUAUUUUAGCUGAGAAUAAACAGUAUUUAAAUACAGUAUAUUGUUGUUUAAAUAGUUAUUUACAGAAUAAGAUAGGUUUUAUACAGCGAAGCUUCGAGUAGAUCACAAAUGAAUAGGUACAUUAAAUUCACAAUAAAGAUAUCUUUACAAUAAGUACCUACAUCAAAUUCAUUGUCUAAAAGAAACAUUAAUUUAAAUGUUAAAUAUAAAAUUAAAACUCAUAUUUCGAUUUUAUAAUUUUAAUAUAAUAAAAAAAUGUAUCUAACGGGUACGUUACAACUUACAAUUAUGUUACAAUUAAAUUUUAUCUACAUCCUUAGAGUUUUGUAU